AAAAAUUUAAAGGAAAUUUAUAUGAUUUGGUUUGUGUCUUAUUUUAUAUUGUGAGCUUCGCUACCUUUUCCUUACUUUACUUUUCUUUUCUCUUUUCAAAAAGUACAGUGCUACUUGCAUGCAUUAAGCUGCCACUCCUCGGGUCAUGCCUAGGAUCUCACUAUGCCCUUGCUAUUCACUGCAGCCCUUCCCUAGCUCACUUAUAUGGUUGUCAUGUACUCUUGCAAUGUGUUGGUGGGAAUCCUGUUGCUCUUCUCCUUCUAUCAUCUUGUUUUUUUUCUUCUCUUCUCCUGAAUUCCAUCCUUCCUCGUUCGUCUUAUCUGUCACACAUGCAUUGGACUGACUCAAGGUGGUAUUUUUAGCUUUGCAACAUCUCCAACAAUACUUAUGAGUCCCACUGAUUCCUG